AUGCCGACCAUGAGGCUGUUCACUUGCUUCCUGCACCUCCUGGCCGGGCUGACGCUGCCUGCUGUGUCUUCCCAGCCACUGGAUCUGUCUGCCGGGAACAGCUCGUCGGAGACGAAAGUGAUGCCCUUCCAGGAAGUGUGGAACCGCAGCUACUGCCAGGCAAAGGAGGAGCUGGUGAACAUCUUAUCGGAGUACCCCGACGAGGUGGCAUACAUAUUCAAGCCGCCCUGUGUCCCCUUGCUGCGCUGCGCGGGCUGCUGUGGGGACGAGGCUCUGCACUGUGUGCCAGUGGAGACGGCCAACGUCACCAUGCAGGUCCUGAGGAUCAGCCUUGGGCAGCCGCCCGCCUACGUGGAGAUGACAUUCACUCAGCACACAAACUGCACGUGCGAGCCUAGGCCAGAGGUAAUGCAGACAACAGUGAAGCCAGAAGGGUGA